GUUUAGAAGUUGAGAGUCGUGUAUUUUUAGUUGCUACGGUGAGGUCAACAGCUAUACUGUUAACACUGCUUUAAAGACAUUUAAAUUUAAUAAAUAUCUAGAUAGUAAUGGAGACAGAUCCAUGUUGCACAGUCGAGAAAAUUAAUCUGAAUUGAAAUCGAGUAUUUUUGUGCCUCUUCAGCAUGUAACGUUAAGGAUAUGCUGUUCUCGCAGCUGUUUUGAAUUUUAUUACUGUACGACUCUGGGUGAUGUGAAAUUCGCACUAUGUUAGGCAGAUCAAGUAUCGAUUUCAGCGUUUGUCAUUUAAAGUGAAUGUUGGCAUGAUAUUUUAAUUUAAAAGUUGGAAUUUAAAUUAAAGUUAAAAGUGCAGUGGGCUUGACAGGGAUGUGAUGCUAAAAUUGUUCUAAGAGAGUGUGAAGAAGAUGACUUUUGUGAAUAUUUUCAAAGACUUUUACGCGGAUUCGGAUUCUUACGAUAAUCAUUACGACAACGAUAGAAAGUACACGAGUACUCUGAUCGAACAGAGUGAAAAAAGCAACCCUCUGGAUGACACGAAACAGAAAACGACAGUGCAUAAUGACUGGAACGAGGCUGUCAAGGCCUGGAAAAACACGGCACCGUUUCCACGGUAUGUCUCGGCGCCGACGGUCACAAACGUAAUCAAGCGUCAGAACCGCGAAGUUAAUAAGUCAGAGGAACCGGACAACAAUAUCUCCUCAGUCAAGUGUGUCGGCGAGGAUUUUGAUACUUUCCCUGUACCAAGCUGGAAGGCCAACGUUGAACAAGGGACAUAUCGUUACGUCACAAACAACGCUUACUAUCGGACGGUGAAGAUUCUGGACUAUCGUGACAGGCGGGAGUGGUACACCAUUCAUAAGAAACACCCGGAAAUUGUUUCCAUGCAUUGGCAAAACAAACGGUUUAAUAAAGAGUUAAAACGGAACUUGAGGCGAGACUUGGAAAUUAGGUUUCACAAUCACAACCGUCGCCAGCAAUCAAUAGUGGGAGAAAGUGUGUCGGACACAUCGAAUAAAAAACCGGCCAAUGAUCAAGGGGACCAACCGAUAGAGAGCAGCCGCGAGCCCAAGGUGCGCGUGACGACACCUAAAUCUAACCGAGAGUGCGUGAGUGAGCACAAAAUCGAAACUCAAGACUCAAAUCCGUUAAACAAAGCUUCUAGUGACUUGAAUAUUGAUAAAAUAUCAACCAGAAUAAGUGCUUUGAACGAAGAGCUCAGACGCGACUCACGACUGAGAAAAUCGCACGAGGCUGCAGACAUUGCAAAAUUUUUCCUUCAAACGAAAGAAAUCUCGUCAAAGAGUAAAAAGAGAGAUGGACAGAAUACUGAUGAAGUUAUGACGGUCAGAUCGGUGGCUCAAAGGGGCGAGCUGAAACCGGUGGAGAGAGUCACCCCCGCACAAAGAAUAAUUGCCGCGGAGUCUAAAAAAUCGAAACAAAACCAAUUACGGUAUACAAAUUCCACCGGGAACGACGCAGCAACAAUGAGUGUUCCUUCUAUACCUGACAAUUUUCACAUCGCUAGUCCCGAGCUGGAAAAAGCUCUUAAUUCUUACAAAUUAGCAAUAGAGACAACAAAACAGUCCCUGUUUAAUACUCUUACUGGCAAUAAGGGCCAGAGGAGGACGGGGGGUGGGGCUAACAAGGCGGCCCACUCUGCCCCUCCCUCCGUGUGCGAGAAUUCCUCCAACGGAGUUGGCCACUCUGACCAGCCCACCCCAAACAGUGUUCACAGUGUUUCAAGUCUCAGUGGGAAGGACAAGGCUUCCGGGAAAAAAUCCCAUUUCACCGGAAUUCUGCCGGGGAUUUCCGGCAAGCGUUUGGAAGUGGGUCCGACCACCAAUAGGUGGAUGUAGGACCUCCCCGUGCCUUGAUCGAAAGUUUGCCCGAAUAGGGAAACUUUUGUAUUGAUGUUGCCUUAUUUACUCAAGUUUUAUUUUGAAAAUUUAUUAUGACAUGUAAUAAAAAGAAACUGGUGAUAAGUACCCCGA